AAAAAAAAAAAAAGUAUAGCCAUUAAUGGACAAUCAAUCAUCCGCAUAAUCAGUAAUAAUCGGACAUUAAAUUAAUUUGUGUUUUUGAAAUAAAACAACCUUUCCUAUCCUAUACGUAGAAUGAAUUCAAAUUUGAUAAUUAAAGAAUCUACUUAACGUUUGUCCUCCGUUAUAUGCCAGCUUUUAGAUGAUUAGGACCUUUUAAAAUUCUUUACUUGCUUCUCUUUACACUUUACCCCGUUGUCUCCUUUGAUCCAUUGAUAAAUUUAUUUUGCUGAGGCAAUAAUUAUCGUACAUAUAUGUUCAUGGAGAAUAAAGAUGCUGCAUCAUGGAGUUCUGCACCUUUCUACCAGUCUCAAUGGCUUCAAACAACCAUAUCAGAUUUGGAUGAGAAAUUGGGAGCCAUGAUGACCAUUUUAGAAGAUGGCAACUCUCCAAAGCAAGGACACAUGCACUGCAAUUGGAGAGAAGACCUCAUACAGAUGCUUGAAGAAUUUGGCCAAUCAUACCGUGUUUUAGCCAUAUCUUAUAACCAACUGAAAUCUAAAUCAUCUACUGGUACCUUUCAUUCAAGAUCUUUAUCAUCUUCUGCUACAUCAAAAACCUUACGCGCUAGCUGCAAUAGAAGAGCAACAGGUAACUUGGAGGGCAAGAAACUCAAAAAGGAUUUCAAUAGCCAUAGCAAAUAUCUAAGGGGGCAUUCUGAUGUCAGAUUUGAUGGAAGUGAUCUUGAUUUUGAGAUAUUAAAGAAGCAAGAGGAUGAAUCUGAUGAACUGUCUUCGUGUAACCCAUGCAGCAUGAAACUAGAAUCAGAAGUUGAGUGCAGUGACAUUCAAACUGAAGACAAAAUGAUAGAUUUUUCCAUCAAUGAAAAUAUUUUAAUGAAGAUUGAGGAUUUGGAAUUAAAUCAAAGAACUGAAGAUCCAUCAACAAUCAAUUCCGAAUUUGAAAGUAUGUGGCCCACAUUGAAGUAUCAAAUGACAAAACUUACAGAUGAUAAUCUGCACCAGUUAGAAGAGUUGGUCCAAAGAAAUGAUGAAAAGAGAGAAACCAUUAAAAGGCUUCAGUUAGAGGUGGAAACUUUGAAGCGCGAGAACAAGGCCCUCCAGAUUUCGUCAAGGUUCUCCAAUGCUGAUUCAGAAUGCAGCCAAUCACAGACAUCGAGACCGCGAAGAAAAUCUGUAAGCAAACUCUUCAAAGGUUGCUCUCCAUGAUAUUUUGUAGAUUUUACAUCUCAGCAAUCUUGUACUCCUAUUGAUCAACAAACUUUUAUGGAUAAUUCUGGAAGAGCUUUGCUUUUAUAUGCCUGUUUGUCUAGCAAUCAAGUGAGCACUUGUGGGCAUCAUGGCAAUGUAGGCAAAUUUAGUACCCAGAAAAUUAUUAUUUUGCAUGUUGAUUUCUCAAUUUUCAAGACAAAACAGUUACCUUUAAAUAUAGCACUUGGGUUUUAUUGUGCUCCUGUAGUAGAACAAAUUGUUCUGAACAAUAACAUGUAUUUGAACUGGGAAUAAGUGAUCUAAAAGCCCAUCUGAAGAUA